CGUGCCUGGCCUUGCUCCAGCUCAACCGCAACCGCCGUCAUGGCCGGGCCGGCGACGCCGUUCGACUCGCGGACUUUCGAGAAGGAUGUCACAAUCGACAUCAAUGAGGAUUACACCGCUGCGUCCAUCUCGCCGAGCGGACGGGAUGUUGUGCUUGCAGGAACCAAGGGUCUCCUGGUCAUUGAUCUCGACAGUCCCUACUCUCCUCCUCGAGUUAUUCGCUAUCGCAUCAGCUUCGAGGUCGCAGACGUACAAUGGUCACCCUUCGCAUCCCGUGCAGAGUGGAUUGCUUCUACGAACAACAACAAAGCCGUCAUCUUCAACCUGAACCAGAAGUCCGCUUCAGACCAAGCGCCAGUUCAGUUCAUCUUGGAUGCUCACCAAGGGACUAUCACUGACAUCAACUUUUCCGCUCAUCAUCCCGACGUGCUGGCGACAUGUGCGCUCGAUACCAAGAUAUUUGCUUGGGACUUGCGUUCGCCCGCCGUUCCGGGUGGCACCUUCUCCUCCCAACUUCGGCUCCCAAGCCACAGCUUCGCUGAUUGGCAAGGCGGAGCUACUCAAGUCAAAUGGAAUCGACAAAAUGAGCAUAUCCUGGCUUCAUCCCACGAUCGUUACGUGCGCAUCUGGGAUACACGUCAUGGCGCUCAACCCAUUACGACGAUCCAGGCGCACUUCAAUAAGGUCUAUGGAAUUGACUGGCAUCGCACUGAGUCUACCCAGAUUCUCACCUGCUCCCUCGAUAAGACUGUCAAGCAAUGGGAUGGUGCUGGUAUAGUCGAAUCCAUUGAUCAGCCGUCUCGCACCAUCUACACGGAAUAUCCGCUGUUGCGUGCUCGUCACACCCCGUUUCCAAAUGGCAUUGUCGCUCUUCCACAACUUGGCAGCGCAUCCCUCAGUCUUUACCAGCAGGAUACGUCCCUUCCAUCCCCCAAAAGCCCUCAACACGUAUUUGCCAACAAUGACUGCGAAGGCGGUCGACUUCAUGAGUUUCUUUGGCGAUCUCGCGGAAGUUGUGACGAAGGCUUCGAAAACCGGGACUUCCAGCUCGUGACUUGGGCGACUGACCACAAACUGCGGCUUUACAGCGUCUCCGCCAAAACGCUCAGAAAGGCAGUGGGGUUCGAGAAAGGUCGACCCGUGCCCGUUCCUCCGGCCUCCACACGAAAAGGUGCCAAAUACAUCACCUUCGCCAACGGACCAGUACUCGGUAAACAGGACGACCAGGCCAACAAGUCGCAGGAGGGCGUCCCCCGCAGCGGUACACUCUCGACACUCCUCAAGAACAAUGCUCUACCCAGGGCCGGCUUGUCUAGCUUGUUCCAAGGGCAGACUCGCGCCACCAUGACUGCACGCACCGUGAGACGCAACACACAGCAACGCAUUGUUUCCAGCGUCACUUGGAUGCACAACGUCAAUAUUGAGAAGCGGAAACCCGACGGCGAUGGCAAGACCCCUGAUGCUGCCGAAGAGUUUGAUCUAGCCGCUGAGGUCAAGGCGGUGGGACAGAAAUAUCCCAACGUUUCAUUUGAGGCAUUCGACCCUGACCAACGUAGGAUCGUAGUUGCUUUCAAGGCUCCAUGGGGUGAAAUGGACACUUCAGCAACCGAGGGCCAGGAAAUCGUCCGCAAGACCGUCUUCCUUCGUCUAACGAUCAUCUUCCCAGAUAUGUAUCCGGGCACAGCGGACUUGUUGAACGAGGACCGGUACUUGUACCCGCUUGAUAUCACGGUAGAGAAGACGACAGCUGCGAUCACCCCAGCUAUGAUCAAUCAUCUCAAAGAUGUAUUUGAUCAAAUCGCGAACACCUAUGCGCUCAAGUCGCAGCCAGCCUUGGGCGCUAUUUUGUCAUACGCGUUAGGCGAUGCCGACCUUCAAGAGAUCAUCGACACAGAUUCAGAGGAACAAGAGAAGGGGAACAUGCACGAGAGCUCCAGUGAGGAAGAGGAGGAUGAUGACUCUGACCCGGGUGAAUUUAACAAAGAUCUUAUGCUAUCGUCACAUUCAAAUACUAAUAUACCUCUUCCUGCGCAGACCUUGGUUCGAUGGUCCUCGACGGGAAUGCUAUUGUCGGUACGCUUCCCACGGCCUCCCGUGACACGAAUUUCCCAGAGCAUGAUCUCCUCGGCAUCGGCGCUUGGGCUGACGGACCCUAUUCGGCUCCCGCGACACUUGAUGACGAACCCUUCUAAAGACGACAUAUUCGAGACGUUUGGUCGUAUCACAGCAACGCAUGGGCCAGAGUCUCCUGGCUCUUCUCGGGUUUCAUGGGAAUCGUCGUCAUCGCCUUCAACUUCUUCUGGUUCAGAAAGCGAUAUCGUGUUUAGGGACCUUUUGCCUCCGUUGCCAUGGCAGAAAAUCUCCUCACGAUUGAAUACAAAAACCUCCGUACCGUCGUCCGUUGAUCCUAUCAGCGCUUAUCGAACCAAAGCUAUCGUAACUAUUCGAAAUGAUUCAGUUGCCGAGUUUAUCCCCAGUAAGAAGGUUCUUGCGGAGGAAUACCUGAUGUUUGGUGAGGGUCCAAGGGUUUGCUUGCAUAAUUCGGAGGUUGCGAGGAAACACGGCUUUGAGGACUUGGCAGAUAUCUGGCUCUUCUGCAGGCUCAUUUUGACUAAUGAGGUUCCUUUGGAAAUACUGCCGCAACAACAUCGGAGAGAUCAGGUCUUGGUGCUUGCUCGGCGGGCACUGGUUAGGAUAAAACGAAAAGAUAGUGGUUUGGACCUUCAGUUUGAUGAGGCGGACAACGUAACUAAUCCAAAGUUAAGAGGAAGAGUAAAAUGGGGCCACCAUCCUGUCGUUACCUGGCUGAUCCCCGCGUUAUUUGACCAUUUCGAGCGCUUGGCAGAUACCCAGAUGCUGGCGAUGCUGUCCUGUGUGUUCUCGGAACCCGCUGCUCGGGAGGGAGUUCCUAGUGCCAUGGCCAAGAUGAGGCAGUCUCACCUUCCCAUGUCUAUGGAAGCACCGGCCUUCUCUCUCGACUACUUCUCAUCUCCGGACGCCGCCUGGAGUCUUUUCAAACCCACCAUUUCCAUGCCAUCUACACCCGCGCAUUCUAAGUUUGCCACCCCCGUGUACGAGUUCGGCUGGCAUCGUCUUUCUAAGAAUUUAGAUACGUACGGCUCUCAUGGCUCAUCGAACGGGCCUUGGGGCAGUGAUAUCUUGGCUUCUGAGCCUGUGACGCCUUACUCUACAGGCAACACUCCACCUAACAUAUCCAGGGCGCCUACUCUUCGCUCCGUGACAACAGCCAAUACACCCUACUCUACGAGUCCCGAACAGACCCAUACUGUUGGCAAAAAGAUAUCAUCUGCUGGAUUUUCGAACGCCCUUGCAAAUCUAGGCAAGUCGUUCAUAUCAGCAUCGCCUCCUAUCAAAUCACGUAUAGAGGAUCUCUCUACUUCUUUGCCGGCGAGCGGUGUGACAUGGGGUACGACAACUUUCUAUAGCAGCGGUAGCCAAGAAAGAGGACUUGCGGCACCGCGAGCAAAACAAGGCAAGAGAGCUAGCUUUGGCCAGGCAGAUCGAGUCAAUGUUGACUACAUCUCGGACUCGGACUCCGACUACGACACUCUUGGACCGGAAGUUACUUUCGAGCAAACUGCUUCUGUACCUUCUGGCACAAAUGACGAUGGCAAUUCCACGAUCAAAGUCACGUUGAAACACCAAGAUCAAUUCGAUGACGAGGCCUGCGUCAGUGCGCCACUCCUCGACAUGUCAAAGGAAGGACUCUACCGCGCUUGGAGAGAGCAGUAUGCUGAGUUACUCGGUUGCUGGGGUCUCAUUAGCAAGCGGGCAGAAGUGCUCAAGUUCAACGGCCUCGUCUCGUAUUUCCCCUUCGACGGUGUGUCCGAAUCCAAGGCAGGAUCGAUGCACCUAGCACUCAAACGAGAUGGCGACCGCGACGAGUCUGGAAUCACUUCACGCACUCUCUCGCGAAGCUCUACUCUUGCACCCGGCCUCAAUGUACCACAACAAUUUAGACGCUCACCUCUUUCCUCUCCAAGAGGUUUCUCUUUCAACCCCGAAGCCAUCGAAUUUAAGCCUGGUACCUCCAUCCUUUCAGGAAACGGAGUACCUGCGCCUCCGCCAGACGUGUUCAUGGCAUCCGAACAAUACCUCCGUCUCAGCAUUCCCACGCCGACAUUGGAAGCACAGGACCCCUUUAACUUGCCCCUUGGCGACAGCAAGCUUUCCCCAUAUGCACACAAGAGCGCCCGUCCAUCCAUCUCCCGCGGCACAUCGAACAUCUCAGGCCGUUCUUCCCUCAACAUUCCCACCAGUAACGCAAACUCGCCCAGCAAGAAAGGCCAAAGCGACCCUAUCUACAGCUGCAGCAUCUGCUGGAUCCGCGUCUCCGGUCGCUUCUACCUGUGCCCCGCAUGCGGGCACGUCGCACAUUUUGACUGCAUGGACAAUGACGAAGGCUUCGACGAGGGCGAAUGCACUGUUGGCUGUGGCUGUGGCUGCGGCUUUGAAACGUCUCGCGAGCAAACCCGCAUCGACGAGUUCUUGGAUGGGGUGCGCAACUGGGGAGAGCGCGGUGGGUGGCUUCCGGAGAUCGAAUUCGACGAAGAUGCUAGUACGAGAGCUUACCGGCCCUAUGAAGCAAGCUAUGAGGACGAGAUGAAGAAUUGGAAACAAGAAGAGAAAGGCCGGAAGAAGGAGACCGGGAAGGGAGAGAAGGGCAAAGGCAAGAGGAAAGCGAGAUUGACGGGAAAGAGUUACUUUUGAUGUUGUUGUGUGGAUAUCGUGUAUGAUUACGGGUACGGAUCCUGGAGGAGGUAACGGUAUAUGUUGUGAUUUAUAUGAUUCGCUGACAUUUAGUGGGAUCUAUGAUACCCAUGUAUACCAUAUCGGGGUAAUUCUAUGUACAUUUGAGAGGAUCUAUGAGUCCAGCGGCAUCUAAUUAUCAUUUUUGG